AUGAAGUUCACCGCCGCCGCCACGCUGGCCGCGCUCGUGGGCGCCGCCUCGGCCGGCUCCAAGUCCGACGACAGGACGUUUGCCGUCCUCCGUUUCAACAACAAGGAACUCGUCAAGGCCCGUGUUGAUCCCAUCAUCAACCCUGGAAAGCCCGCAACCCACGUCCACGGCGUCAUGGGAGGCAGCAACUUUGGCAUGUCGGCCACGGGCGAGUCCCUGACGCAGUCCAAGUGCACCAACGCCAUGAUCAACGGCGACAACAGCGCCUACUGGUUCCCGUCCCUGUACUUCCAGGACCCCAAGACCAAGCAGUUCGAGUCGGUCGAGGUCUUUUACGUCAACGUCUACUACUUCUUCGACGGCACCGACGACGAGAUCAAGGCCUUCCCCCCCGGUCUGCAGAUCUUCAGCGGCAACGCCUCCGCCCGCACGCCGCCCUCCACCGGAGGAAAGCAGAACCUCGACCCCGAGGACGGCCCCAUCCAGCCCGUCCAGUGGACCUGCCCCAGGUCGAGCUACAACCCGCCCUCGUACCCCGCCAACUCGGACGGCAUGACCGCCGGCAUCGUCGACCCCAACAACCAGGGCUCCGGCGUCGGCUUCCCCGACCAGAACUGCGACGGCUUCGGCUCCCCGCUGCGCGCCGACAUCCACAUGCCCUCGUGCUACAACCCCAAGGCCGCCCUCGACGACUACAAGAGCAUGGCCUGGCCCUCGAGAAAGGGCGCCUCCAGCGGCGGCCGCAAGAACUGCCCCGAGGGAUGGAUCCACGUCCCCCACAUGUUCUUCGAGGUCUACUUCGACACCCCCAAGUUCGCCGGCCGCUGGACCCCCGGCCAGGGCGCCCAGCCCUUUGUCCUCUCCAACGGCGACGCCUCGGGCUACAGCCUGCACGCCGACUUCAUCGCCGCCUGGGACCAGGACGUCCUCCAGCAGAUCAUCGACAACUGCAACGCCGGCUCCUCGGGCAUGGACAAGUGCCCCGGCCUGCUGAAGGGCCUCAACACCAACAAGGACUGCAAGAUCGACUCGCCCCUCCAAGAGGUCACCGACGGCAUCCUCGACAAGCUUCCCGGCGACAACCCCCUCGGCGGCUUCUCCUUCGGCCCCAUCCUCGGCGGCGGCGGCGGCGGCAGCGACAGCGACAGCGGCGUUGUUGUCAAGCCCUCCGGCGGCGCAUCCUCGGCCUCCUCCGCCAAGCCGUCCCCUACCACCGAGCCUGCUUACAGCCCCAUUCGCCAGCUUGACGAGGCCCCCAAGACCUCCGCCGCCGCCGCUUCGUCCCAGCUGCCCAUCCAGCAGGCGCCCGAGAAGGAGAACACUCAGCCGGCCGAGGAGGAGACGACCGCGCCCCCCGCCGCCGUGCCCACCCCCAGCCUGGGCGGCUCCCAACCCUCCAAGGCGACGUCGUCCUGUCUCCGCAAGACCAAGACCGUCUGGGAGACCGUCACCGUCACCGUGGCCGCCGAAGAGUCCGCCCCCGCCAAGGCCGACGACUACAGCAAGGCCCGCCGCCACGUCCACGACCACAUGAAGCGCCACCGCAGCCACCGCGACUAA